UUUCAAUUGAUUGUUUUUUUUCUCGCGAACACUUCCGAAACACGGAAUUAAUUGAUUAAUUUAUUCAUUCACAGAUACCGUAUAUUUUUGCGGCAGUGCAGUGGCAAUUUCUCAAUGAAACAGACCAGAUACUUCUUGUUCAAGCAACGUGGCCAUCCAGCUUACAUAGAUGAAUAAUUCAAAACAAGAGUCAAUUAUUCGAACAACUAGUCGACGCGUUAACCAUGUGCAAGGAAAAUUUGAGGGAACUGGAAUCAUGCAGAUUUCGGCCAUAUUGUGCGGCGUGUGUAGUGAGUCUGUUGCAACUGAUGUUCGGAAUGUGCAUCGGCUGGAUGUCUCCGGCAACCAUAGGACUUGAAUCCUAUCCACCACAGAUCGUAGAUGGAGAUCCACUCACCACUGAUCAGAUCAACUGGCUCUCAUCUGUCACCUUCAUCGGAUGCAUAGUUGGCAUUCUCUUCUGGGGUUCUGUGGCUGAGAAAAUCGGUCGGAAAAACACGCUCCGCCUUCUAGCACUCCCGGUUAUCAUGGGUUGGACACUGAUAUCACUAGCAAAAUCAGUGAAACUCAUGUAUUUAGGGAGGUUUAUCUUGGGUUUGAGUGGUGUAGGAGCCAUAGUACCUAUUCAGCUCUACUUAAACGAAAUAUCUGAACCCUCCCACAAGGGUACUCUUACCUCCGUCAUGGUGUUUUUUUUCAACGGCGGCAUAGCGAUGUCCUACAUUUUGGGAGCCUUUUUAUCAUUGAGAAAUUUCACCCUUGUCUGCAACAUAAUUCCCUUUUUAUAUCUUGCAGCAUUCCAUUUUUUCCCUGAAUCACCUGUUUAUCUUUACAGGAAAAACAAAACAAAACAAGCUGAAAUGUCUCUGUCAUGGUUCAGGAAUAACAACUACAUAAAAGUCCAAGAAGAGUUGGUAUAUUUAGAGGAAAACAUGAUCUACCAAAAAAAUACCAACAUGACUUCCCUCUCUAGUUUAUAUGAAGGUAGAGCGAGAUCAUAUGCAUUGAUGAUAAACGUAUGGUUGUUUAUAGUCUCUCAGUUUUGUGGUAUCUUAGUUAUGUUAUCUUAUACAUCUUCCAUCAUUAAAAACUCUGGUACCACUCUGAUAGAACCUGAUAAUGGAGCUGUUAUCAUAGGAAUAAUACAACUCAUAUUAUCUUGGAUGACAACUUUGAUUUUAGAGAAAACUCCACGCAAGCUUCUUCUAAUGUUAUCAAUGGGAGGUAUGUUUAUCUCGCAGGCUUUGUUGGGUUUGUAUCACUUAGGUGAUGAUACACAUUUCUUCCCGAACUGGUUACCUGUUGUGUGUAUAUGUCUCCACGUGGGAUGCUACACGUUUGGAGUGGGACCUGUCGCGUAUGUGAUUUCAGCUGAAAUAACACAUCCCAAAAUACAACCAACUGCGUUCUCUCUGUUUUGUUUUCUCGGUACAGCCGCUUCGUUUGUUAGUAUCAAAAUCUAUCCUUAUCUGAUCCACUAUGUGGGGGAACAUGGCUGUUUCUGGUUCUAUGCAUCAUGGUGUCUCGUUUCUAUGGUUUUAAUACCCAAAUUCCUGCCCGAAACGAGAGGGAAGACUUUUGAACAAAUCACUGAAUUGCUCGGAAAAAAUAAAGAUAAUUAUCAUCAGUGUGUGGAAGUGCGGUAUGAUGUACAUAGCAAACAGAUCGAUCCAAAGGUGUGAGUUAAAAACUUCUAUAGUGGGACUUUUUGUGUAGUUGAGAAGUUGAUAUUGUGGUAAUUAUUCAUAUUGAAUGAAAAAGACUAAGAAAUUGUCAAAAAACCACUGAUUUAUUGAUAAUUAGGAAGACCGGUUUCGG